AUGUCCACCCCCGACCCACCUGCAUGGAAUGCACCCAAAGAUGUAGGGGAAUUCAGGCAGAUGUUUGAAGCCGGCCCUGCUGAACUAUUCGACAACAUCGCCGCCCUCGUCCAGCGUGUCCGCCUCCAAAGGGACACCCUUCAUACACAACUCACCGCCGCCAACGAAACCAUUGACAACCUCGAGGAGCAGAUAAACCGGCUCAACCUCGACCUCAAUGUCGCCCGCGCUGCUCCUGCCCCUACUGUCGCUGUCCCCGUUGCCCCCGCCCCUCCACCUGCUCCUGUCCCCGCCUUCAGGUCCGAAAAGUUUCCAGACCCUGAAAAAUUCGAUGGCACCCGUACCAAGCUCCCCGGAUUCACUACCCAACUUCGAAUGAAACUUGAAGUUAACCACGAUCGGUUCCGGAACGAGGCAGCAAAGGUUAUCUACGCCGUCAGCCGCUUGGAAGGAAGGGCCCUUGACCAAGUCGUCCCACUCGUUAACGCUAACCCUGCCGCCCCCUUCUCCUCUGUCACUGCCUUCGUCGCCCAUUUGGAAGCCUCCUUUGGGGACCCAGACCCCCGGGGUACCGCCCGUCGCCAACUCGUUGCCCUGAAGCAAGGCAAAGGGGACUUCGCUACCUAUUAUUCGCAGUUCCUCCGCAUCGUGGCAUACCUGGACUACAACGAGGGAGCCAAGAUCGAUGCCCUGGCCGAAGGACUGUCGGAAGACCUGAAGGAUGCUAUGACAUACCGGACAGACAGGCCUAACACCGUCGAAGCCUAUGCCACCAUGUUGAUGACAAUCGACAACCAGGUUCGGGGCCGCAAAGCUGAACAACGGGCCAUUCGGAAUACAAUGGGACAAUUCACCGCCCCCGCUGCUGCCGCACACCCAUCUCCUACCGCCGGAGGCCUCGCCCCAAUGGACCUCUCCGCUCUCCAAAGCCGCCCCACUCAACGUCCUGCCAUCGAACAACGAUAUACUUUUGUCAACGGGCAACGCAAAACCUCCGCCGCUGAAAAACAAUGGCGAAGGGACAACAAUCUCUGUAUGUACUGUGCCAACCCCGGUCAUGUCUUUGCCAACUGCCCCUCUGCCAAUCGCCCGCGCGGUAACCAACCGGUUAUGAGAGGCGCCCUCCUCGCACCCAGCCAUACGGCCGUCGACCCCGCUGCUCCACCGGUCGCUAUCCCGGGCUUGAUCAAUGGCCCCUGCCCGGGACCUUCCAAUGUCUCUCCUUUGUCUGCGUUUUCUAUCUCUGGCUUCUCGGUAUCGUCUGUGGAGGAUAAGUUGGAUGGGGAUCAUUUUGUUGCUUCUUGUAAAAUUAUAAACAAUAAAACAUCCAUUCAAACCCACGCACUGAUCGAUACCGGUUGCUCCGGAUUCGCAUUCAUUGAUGAAACAUUUGCGCGCCAUAACAACUUCCCACUUCUCCCCCUUAAAUCACCCCGUACUCUUGAAGUCAUCGACGGUCGGCCCAUAUCUUCCGGACAAAUUACCCACCUCUGCUAUCUGCCGCUGUCCAUUGACUCCCACCAUGAAACUACCCCUUUCUUCGUCACCAAACUUGGCUCGUAUCCACUCGUCCUCGGAAUCCCCUGGCUUCAAUUGCACGAUGCAACAUUACGGUUUAAGGACAACAGCAUACUGUUCGACUCCGAAUACUGCAAACGCAAGUGCAACUCUUCCCCGAUACCCGUUCCCAUUAGAGGGGUCGCACCACCGCCCCGUUUUCACCUCGUCAGUUCAGCUGCUCUUUGUCGCUUUGCUCGAAGAGACAAACUCCAAAUCUUUAGUACAACUAUUGAAGAAAUAGAUCAAGCAACGGGCGUGGCCCCUAAGCAAGACUGGAGGAACCGGGUCCCAACCCGGUAUAAGAGAUUUUAUAAAAUGAUGGACGAAGAAUUCGCUAACGGGAUGCCGCCUCGCCGCCCCUAUGAUCAUAAGAUACCGCUCAAGGAAGGGAAAGAGCCCCCUUUUGGGCCACUUUAUGGUAUGUCCCGCGAGGAACUCAUCGUGCUGAAACAAUACAUACAGGACAACCUUCAAAAGGGGUUCAUUCAGGCCAGCUCUUCGCCUGCCGGUGCCCCUGUCCUAUUUGUUAAGAAGGCCGAUGGAACACUCCGCCUUUGUGUCGACUAUCGUGGCCUCAACGAACUUACUGUCAAAAACCGCUACCCGCUACCACUCAUCCGGGAAACUCUCGAUCGCCUUUCCAAAGCCAAGUGGUACACCAAGCUUGAUCUUCGCCAAGGGUACAAUCAGAUUCGAAUGGCUGAGGGUGAGGAAUGGAAAACAGCCUUCCGAACGCGUUACGGACAUUUCGAAUACACCGUAAUGCCCUUCGGCCUUACCAAUGCACCAGCCACCUUCCAACAUUUUAUUAAUGAUUGCGUCCGUGAUUACCUGGACAUGUUCUGCACAGCCUACCUUGACGAUAUCCUUAUUUACAGCGACACCUUCGAGGAACAUCAAGUACACGUCGAAAAAGUACUGGAAGCCCUACAAAAAAAUGGAAUACUGCUGAAACCGGAGAAAUGCGAAUUUCACACACAAAGCACCACCUAUCUCGGCCUGAUUAUAGAACCCAAUGGUAUUAAAAUGGACCCAAGGAAAGUGGAAACAGUGAAGAAUUGGACCGUCCCGAAAACAGUUAAGGAUGUACAAGCAUUCCUGGGUUUCGCUAACUUUUACCGCCGAUUUAUACGCGGAUUCUCGGAACUGGCUUCUCCUCUUACCAGACUGACACGUAAGGACACAUUAUUUGGAUGGACACGCGAAGCCCAAACCGCCUUCAAUGCCCUGAAAGAAGCCUUUACCACGGCGCCCGUUCUCACUCAUUUCGACCCGGAAAAGGAAAUUACUGUGGAAACCGACGCAUCUGACUAUGUCUCCGCCGGUGUACUCUCCCAAUACGAUGACAAUGGUAUCCUCCGACCUGUUGCGUACUUCUCGAAAAAACACUCCCCCGCCGAAUGCAACUACGAGAUUUACGACAAGGAAUUACUGGCAAUCAUUCGGUCUUUUGAAGAGUGGCGACCGGAACUUGAAGGGGCUGCACACCCAAUCGCCGUCAUAUCCGAUCAUAAGAACCUCGAAUACUUUAUGAGUACUAAACAACUCAACCGGAGACAAGCACGGUGGGCAGAAUACCUGUCACGAUUUAAUUUUGUUAUCAAAUACCGACCAGGGAAACAAGGAGGGAAACCGGACGCGUUGACAAGAAGAUCAGGAGAUCUCCCUGGAGAGGGGGAUGAAAGACAAUUGCAUCAGAGUCAAGUUGUGUUGAAGAAGGAGAAUCUUGAUGCAAAGCUAAGUUUGUUGGCGGGUUCUUUCUCAAAGGAGCCCGCUGAAAAGAACGCCUCACUGCAGGAAUUAUUUGAUGAAGGAUAUAGCGCUGACCCGUUUCCCCAAAAAAUACUGGAUAUGCGGGAUAAAGGCGAUCGACAAUCAAAAGACAUAUCACUCGCCGAAUGCACCGAGGUCGAAGGCCGAUUGCUUUACCGAGGCAGCAUAUAUGUCCCUGAUUACGACCCCCUUAAGCUUCGAAUCCUCCAACUUUACCAUGACGCUGCCUCUGCGGGACACCCGGGACGUGAAAAAACAUUCGAACUCGUCAGUCGGGACUACUACUGGCCCCUCAUGCGAAAUUACAUUGCCCGCUACGUUCGGAACUGUCACACCUGUCAACGAAGUAAACCCAACACCCAUGGAAAACUCGGCGUACUUCGACCUUUACCGAUUCCCGAACAACCAUGGCGGGAGGUAUCGAUGGACUUCGUUACGGGCCUACCGGAAAGUGAAGGGUACGAUGCAAUUAUGGUAGUGGUUGACCGGCUAACAAAGAUGCGACAUCUCCUGCCCUGCAAUACUACUGUCAACUCCGAAGACGUCGCCCGACUAUACCUGCGAAACAUAUGGAAGCUCCACGGGCUACCCACACACGUCACCUCCGACCGCGGUACGCAAUUUACAGCUAAGUUUUGGAAGGCUCUUUGUAAACACCUCAACAUCGAAGCAAGGAUGUCCACCGCCUUCCACCCAGAGACCGACGGCCAAACCGAAAGGCUGAAUGCUGUAAUGGAGCAAUAUCUACGUGGGUAUGUCUCUUAUCAACAGGACGAUUGGGUAAAAUGGCUUCCUAUGGCAGAAUUCUCCGCCAACAAUCAGGUCUCCGCAUCCACCAAAGCUACACCAUUCUUCGCGAACUAUGGGUUCCACCCCCGGUUUACAGUGACGAUCAAAUCGUUGGACAAGACCCCACCGAGUCUUAACGCUAAGGACUUCGCCUCGAAGAUGAAAGAACUCCACGAGCACCUACGUUCCAAUAUCCGUACAGCGCAGGAUCAACAAGAGCAGGCCGUCAAUACUAAACGAACGCCGGCCCCACAGUACGAUGUCGGUGAUAUGGUGUUUGUUUCAGCAAAAAACAUCCGAACCACGCGUAACUCCCGGAAACUGGACUGGAAGAAACUGGGACCGUUCCCCGUUAAGGAAAUUAUAUCGCCAUAUGCGUAUCGAGUCGACCUGCCUAGAAGUAUGAAGAUGCACCCCGUCUUCCAUGUGUCGUUGCUGGACCCCGCUGCGAAUGAUCCUGUCCCAGGGCAAAUUCAACCACCACCCCCGCCCAUUAUCGUCGAACAAGAGGAGGAGUAUGCAGUUGAGGAAAUCUUGGACUCGCGAGAAUUACGAAACACUGGCCUACAAUACUUUGUUAAGUGGACGGGCUAUACCGACCCUACCUGGGAACCCGCCGCAUACCACGAUAAUACCGCCGCCGUUGAUAGCUUCCAUAUACGCUACCCCGACAAACCUGGACCAUUGGAAGGAAAGAUUAAGGUUAAGGCUCGCAGGAGCUCGCGCUUGAAGGGAGGGGCUACUUUCAUGGAUCGAUCAGUGGAGUACCCAUAUCGUGGAGCUCCCACACCGUCCCCUGCUACGCUCUUCGUGCCCUGCGGAAUACUCGCUACUCACUCCCUUGAGACCUUCCUCCCAACCUUCCCGGAUACUCAGUGUGCGAAGUGCCUCGAAUACGGCCACCGCCAGGAGAAAUGUAAGAACAAUGGGAAAUGCGGCCACUGCGCCGGAGAUCACCUCACCAGUUUCCACCCAUGCAAUCAAUGCCAGGGAGGAUACAGAUGCACCCACACCCCAAUCAGAUGUCUGAACUGUAAAGGAAUCCAUAAGGCCUCCGACCCAGCAUGCCCUGAAAGAGUUAAACGCCGAUUCCUUAACAAAGGAAAGGAAAACGCCCCACCCGCCCAAGACCCACCUGCCGCACCUGCCCAAGAGCCAAUUUCAAUAAUCCAAGUUCCAGCCACCGCCCCGGUCGGAGCUACACCCGCGGCGGUGGAAGAAGCAGAAACAGACUCGAGCAUUUAUUUCCUACUAUUACAAGAACCAUGGACCUCAGCAGAGGGAUACCCACCAGAAUCAAAUCUCUUUUAUAUUUUUACGGCCAGCAACACCAAUACAAAAUUAUCGAUCACGGUAGAAAUCCAAACCAAAAAAACACAAAUCCUAAACAUAUACUCCCCAGGCCGAAGUGGCCCCUUCGCUCAAAUAGCAAGUACAAUCCAAACCCUUGAUAACUGUCUAGUGAUGGGAGACUUCAACUGCCACCAUCAAAUGUGGUACGGAGUAAAUUCACAUGAAUACAGAAACAACAUUCGAGCAGACCGCGCCAACGGCGCACGGGUAAAACGAUGGAUAACCCGACAGAAACUGACCCUCCUGAACGAACCAGGCGUCUUCACGCACUUCCCCAGAGACAGAGGGAAAAGGCCCACAACCAUCGACCUUGCAUUCGUAAAAGGCCCAACACUCGACCACAACCUACGAUGGAGUAUUGAACCCUACGGAGCGGGCUCAGACCACGGGAGAACCUCCGUCCACUUACACCUGGAAAAACCACCCUUUGUACCAAGACGAAUGUGGCGACAAACGGACUGGAAGCUAUUGGAGAACCACAUGUCAAACAUUUCCAUCCCUGCAGAGGCAUGGGAAACCAAGGAACACACGGAACAAACUGUCGAUUUCUUCCUAGAACUGGUAAGGUCAACAGUCAGCAUAGUAACACCACUCUCGAAGGAGGGGGUAAGAGCCAACUCCUGGUGGUCAGAAGAGAUGAAACAGAUGAAGGCAAGAGUAAACGCAGCAGAAAGGAAGGCGAGAAAUACAAGGAAAUCCAAUCACGUGGAGGAACACCGGAAGGCUUGCAGAGAAUGGACAGUCAUGAUCCGGAAAGCAAAAGCGGACCAGCGGGAAAAGACGAUGAACGAGGCGAAAGGUAGUGAAGUCUGGAGAAUCCUAAGCGCAGGAAAGAGACGAGACACAAUCAUACCAACCAUACAAGGUGAAGAAACGUUUGCGGGGAAGUGUCAAGCUCUAAGAGCCCAACUUUUCCCCUCGAAACGGACGUCCCCCGACCAUCCCCUCUUGAACAUUAGACCCCCCUCUUUUGACCUUAGCAACACCUUCGACAUAGUCACCCCCGAAGAACUUAACAAAGCAAUCGACUCCUGCCCAGCGCACUCGGCGACCGGCCCGGAUGGCAUCCCUUAUACCUUUAUUAAAGCUAUAGUCAAAGCAAAUACAACUCUAAUCCAAGACAUGUUCUCCGCUAUGCUCCGGCACGGUGUACAUCCAGCGGAAUGGAAAAUAGCUAAGUGUAUCCCGAUCCCGAAACCCGGAAAAGCAAAUUACCAUGAAGCAAAAGCCUAUCGGCCCAUUUCCCUUCUACAAUGCUUCAGCAAAAUCCUGGAGAAGAUAGUGGCCCAGAGACUCUGCACCGCUGGAGAAAUCCUAGGCACACUCUCAGCAAACCAAUUCGGAGGAAGACCAACCAUUUCGGCAAUCGAUGCCCUCCUGAGAACCUUGACACCAAUACAACAAAACCUACUACUGAAAAACAGUACCGGAAUCGCCCGGCGAGAUAGACCAGCGAUCCUAACCAACGACAUCCAAGGAGCAUUCAAUUGUGUCGAUCACCUACUCCUCGCGGAAAUCAUGCACCAACAAAAAUUCCCCACCUAUCUGACAGAAUGGUGCAAGGAAUUCAACACCGGCAGAAAACUACAGUUCCAAUUCAACCAUGAGCUAGAGGAACCACAGCCCUAUGAUUCCGGAGUGCCGCAAGGUAGCCCCAUGUCUCCGGUACUAUUCAUGAUCUAUGCCGGAGUAAUUCUGGACCCAACUAGCAGCCCAAAAGAGAUGGACACAACUUACAUUGAUGACGAUGCGCUGGUGCAAAUAUCCAAAACACCAGGCUUUACAAUCAAGAGAAUGGAGGAACGAAUGAGAGAAAGACUAAUUAAAGCUGAGCCACUCCAAAUUAAAUACGACCCGGAUAAAUCCGAUCUGAUCUUCUUCCGGCCCACCACAUCAUCCACACAACAACCACGACUUCCUGUCAAAGUCAACAACAUCAAUAUAUACCCCAAGGAGAGGCUGAAAUACGUAGGAGUCUGGAUAGAUCCGACCCUUUCCUUCCGGCCCCACAUCGAAGCAGCAAUCGCAAAAGGCCUAAAAGCCCUCCACCAAAUCCGAAACACCGCCCGCCUGCCAGGGAUAACAGUCAAAACAGUUCAUCACCUUAUAACACAAGGCUUCCUUCCAAGCCUGCUCUACGGAUCUGAGGCUUGGUGGACUGGCGCAGACCACAUCAUUAGAUCGCUCGAACCACUAUACAAUGAAGCCGCCCGGAUCAUCACGGGCUUACCUCGAUGGACCAAGAGAGCUAAACUCCUUCGAGAAGCAGGACUACCCCCCCUAGAACACCUCCUAACAUAUCGCUCAAGAAAGUACGGAACCAGAAUACUCUGCACCGAGGCAACCCACCCCAAUAAUGAAUCCCUGAUCGAGCUCCUCCCAUACAGAGAAGCAAACAUCAAAGGAACAGGCCUAUACCGAAUCGCCUCCCUCCUACUCCCAUAUCAAACCCCCGGAAAUGCGAGAGACAAGUGGAAUCAAAAUAAACUACUACGCGACCACCUCUUGAAAGAAUGGAAUACACAACCAAUACCGGACUACCAUCACCGGGGGGAAUUCUGCCCCCCGUCCAAGAUAGCGAAACUCUCCCUAACGGAAGCGAAAAAAGUUUUUCGAAUCCGGUGUCAAACCACCCGAAUCGAUAAACACGCGGUAUACACAGACCCCGAACCAUGCCAGUGUGGUAUGGAAAACUCAGCGAAACACAUACUUAUGGAAUGCCCAGCGUGGGCUCGAAUCUGCGCCCCUCUGAUAGAAAAGAUCCCCGGAGCGAUGACCUGGGAAAACUGGAUGUUUACAAACUUGAAAACGGAUCUUAUCCUACAAUUUGCGAAAAAUUCUCAACUCUCGAAAUGGUACGAGUCGGUGGAAGCGGAGGUGGACCUAGAAGAGGGGAUGGAAGAAAAUGAGUAG